UGUUUUGUUCUCCUUGCAGAAUGCUGGCCCUGGACUAUGCCGGAAUCGUUGGCUGUGCGACGCUCGCUUUUGUUCUAUACUUAAACACAUUAAACGCCGGAUUUGUCUACGAUGACAGGCGCGCCAUCUUGGGCAAUGCGGAUGUAACUGGAAACGGGCCGCUGGCUCAGCUGCUGCAGAAUGAUUACUGGGGCACACCGCUGACGGACAGCGGCUCCCAUGGCUCCUGGCGUCCGCUGUGCGUGCUGGGCUUUCGUCUCAAUUUCGUGCUGGGCGGCGGCGCUGCCUGGCCCUUCCACCUGGUCAACCUGCUGCUGCACGGCCUGGCCACCGUCUUGGUGGUGCACGUGGCACGCAGCCUGCUGCCCACACGUGCGGCCGUCUAUGCCGCCGGCUGCCUCUUCGCCGCCCAUCCCGUGCACACGGAGGCUGUGGCCGGUGUGGUGGGCCGUGCCGACUUAAGUGCCACAGUUUGCUGGCUGCUCGCCUACCUGGUCUAUCGCCGGCACAUGCUGCACAGGGAUUGGCGCUCGCUGGCGCUCACACUGCUGCUGGCUGUAGCGGCGCUGCUCUGCAAGGAGACSGCCAUUACGCUGCUGCUGCUAUGCGGACUGUGCGACCUCCUGGGCCUCGGCCAAAGCGUCAAGCAUGCCGGAGACGACAAGCAUCGCCUGCGCUCGCUCACCAUUCUGAGCGCCGCUCUGCUCUGCGCUCUCUACUGUCGCCUCAGCAUUGUGCCACGCCCCUCGACUGCAUUCGCCGCCGCCGAUAAUCCGACGGCCCAUGAGCCCAGCUGGUGGACACGCACACUCAGCUACCUGUACCUGCCUGUGGCAAACUUUCAGCUGCUACUCUGGCCGCAGCACCUGAGCUUCGAUUGGGGCAUGGAGGCCAUACCACGAAUCAGAACGCUAUGGGAUGCCCGUAAUGUGCUGAGCCUGUCAUUCUACGGCAUCUUGCUGGCCGUGACCUGCCAGGGCAUUCGCUGGCGCUCCACUGCCAGCAGCUCCGUGGACUAUGCAGCUGUGGCCACGAGCAUUUCGCUGCCGCUGCUGCAGCGUCUGGGCGGCAGCAGCUGCCAGGCGUGGCACGGACUCGUCUGCGCCUGCCAUCAUCAGCUCGAACCGCAACAGCAACAACGAUCGUCGCUGCAGCACAAGGCUUCAGUUGACCGGUCUGCCUGCUCCGCCUCCUCCGCCACCUCAGCUGCAGCGACAUCCGCAUCAGCGUCUGUCUUUGUUACCUGUAUAGCCUUCAUGGUGCUGCCCUUUCUGCCCGCCUGCAAUUUGUUCUUCCACGUGGGCUUCGUGCUGGCCGAGCGUCUACUCUAUCUGCCCAGUGUUGGCUAUUGUCUCAUGCUGGGCCUAGGCUUUGGCCGCCUCUGGCAGCGUUUGCACAGCUCUGUCCACAGGCUGCUGYUGCUCUGCUGUCUUGGCCUGCUGCUGGGCACCUUUAGUCUGCGCACGAUUCAACGCAAUCUCGACUGGCAGAACGAGGAGCAGCUGUUCCGUAGCGCUAUUGCCAUCAAUCCACCGAAAGCUCUGGGAAAUCUGGGCAGCGUCUUGAGCAGCCAGGGACGCUAUGAGGAGGCCAAGCUGGCGCUGCAAUCGGCCCUGGCACACCGACCAACUAUGGCCGAUGCGCACUUUAAUCUGGGCAUUGUGCAUCAGCAGCAGCAGAACUAUAGCGCCGCUUUGCCCUGCUAUCGCCGGGCCAUACAGCUGCGUCCACAGUUGGCGCCGGCUUACGUGAAUCUGGCCACCACGUUGCUGGCCUGGAACCAAGGGCGGCAGGAAGAGGCAGCAGCUGUGUUGCUGGCGGGCGCUCGAUUGCCGGGGCAUGGCGUGCGCGAUCGCAGCGCCCAUGAGGCGGCACGGCACAGUGCGUACCUCCAAUUAAGUGCGCUGCAUCGCUCGCAGGGCCACAGCCAACUGGCCGUGGAGGUGCUCAACGAGGCACUGGCCAUGUUGCCCUUGGAGCGACGACAGCAGCGCGCCACGCUGCAUCAACGGCUGGCGGCGUUGCACGUGGAACUGGAGCAGUGGCAGGAGGCGGAGAGGCAGCAGCAACUGGUGCUGCAACUACAGCCAGGCGAGGGCGUUGCAUAUGUGUCUUACGGCCAAGCAUUGGCCAGAAAUUGCAGUCGCUAUGCAGAAGCCGAGCUGUGGUUUAAACGUGCCGUGGAGCUGUCACCCCUAGAGCCGAGCACACAUCAUCAUUACGCUGACUUCCUGGAGCAGCAGCAGCGCAAGCAGGAGGCGCUGGGUUAUCGGCUGCGCGCUGCUGCUCUGGCGCCCCAUAACUAUGCCCUGCAGUCGGCCGUGGCCGAUGCACUUCGUCUGCUCAAUCGCUUCGCCGAGGCGGAGCUGUGGUAUCGCCGAGCCGUUGCACUGCAGCCGCAGGCGGCGCACGCCCACGCCAAUCUGGGCGCCAUUCUGCAAAUGCGCGGCCAGCGGCAACAGGCGGUCGAUUGUUAUCGGCGGGCGUUGCAACUGCAGCCGGGGCAUGCCACAAGUCGCGCUAAUCUGGCCAAAAUGAAUGUCAACAUCGAUGCGAACACGUAGCAGCGGCUCAAAGUAUUCGAUCAAUAAAACUUCACUACAUCACCAAUCAGGAAGGUAUAAGGGAAACAUUUAGAUAGAUAUUCUUAUAAAACUAACUAAUUGUGAAUGUUAUCGAUUGUAAGAAAAGUUUUUAAUUAAAAG